AUGCCAGGCCCGAUGAACGAGAAACCCAAGGCCCACAGCCUGAACACCGAAACAGCCUCGAUCCAGAGCACUUCAACCAGCUCGAGCCUCAAGGCUCUGCUGCACGCCAAAAACAAAAAGGACAAGCCGCGAGUCCAGCCAGAGACGCUUGAGCAGAAAACCACCAGGAGGGAGGCUGCUGCGACGUAUAUGGCGUUGAUGAGAUAG